CACUGAGCUCUGCCUGACUCUGUGUGUGUGUCCCAUCCGUGACCCAUAUCAAACUAUCUGCCCCUUUUAACACAUCCAGUUACUUUGACUUCACUGGGAUAUUUGUAUUUCAUGCUACUGUACUUUAUACUCGGCCACAUUAAGGAUUGUCAUUUGUACUCUAUUCAGCUUUUUUGAUUAACUGUUUUACUAUUUACAGACUUACACAUCAACUAAUUAAAUAUAAUUAUCAAUUGUUUUAAUAAUUACAGGGACGGGUGGCAGUCAUAAAAUCAAUUUUUACAACCGUCGUUUUGGCGUCAACUUUUACAUUACGGUCGGCAACUUCAGUCUGCAUAAAGUUAGCAAGCCAGCAUUGCUAAUGCUAUCGUGUCUAGGUUAAAUACACGUUAUUAUAUUAAUCAAUGUCAACAGCCAUGUGUUAUACAUCCGAUUGACAACAGUAAUUUAAAUAAGUUGUUAAACGACUCUUGUAUGAAUGGGCAUGUUGUAAUUAGUAACUACACUUCUGUGAGCAGUGGUACAGAAGUCAUACAGCAUAUAUACUGUAUACACAGAGGUGGGAAGUAGCUAAGAACAUUUACUCAAGUACUGUAUUUUGAGAUACUUGUACUUCACUUGAGUGUUUCCAUAUUUUUCUACUGUGUACUUCUACUUCACUACAAUUCAGAGGUAAAUGGUGUACUUUUACUCCACUACAUGUGUUUAAUAGCUUACCUUUAGUUACUUUACAGAUUUGGUUAAGAUGCCUAUUGGUUACUGGUGGCGUUUUAUGAGUUUAUGUUUUUCAGUUUAUUUGUUCAUAAAGUAAAGUAAAGUAUAUCAUAUAUUAUAUGAUAUAAAUAUCUUUAUGUGAGAUAAGGGAUCGUUGCUCACUAUGAUAUGAUAAAGUGUGUUAUAUGCUCCAGGAAGGAUACAGUAUAUUGUUGAAUAUAUAUUCAAGAUAGCUAUAUACUGUAUAUAACAUUACAUUAAUUGUAAUUCAAUAUACAUACAUCAAUCAUAUAUGGAUAACAGGACAACUUCACCGUUUAUGAACAUGAUGUGUGUUUAUACAUGAUUAUAUGUGUAGAUAACCUGUGUAAAUAAUGGUUAACAUGGUAUCAGUGUUGUUCGCUUUGCAGUGUAGUUCUCUCUAACACUUGCAUUGUUAUUUUACUUAAAGUUUAGAUGAUCACUAAACCUAUAAGCCAUAACGAAAUGGGAGAUGCAGAAUGGACAGGCUUUGGCCUUCAGGAGGGAUAAACCCGCUCCAAGGAAACGGAAGUGACGUGACCUCUGUCAGAAGUAGUUACCCCCAGAGCCCAGCCUCCUCCCAAGCAGUCUCUGGGUGCUGUCCAUGUACGGCAGGGAUAUCCUCUCCCACAUGGACCAUAUCAAGGCCAGCAUCACCUCCACAUUUGGUUCCAUCUUAAAGAUGGACUCAACCAAAAAGAUCACAAAGCAUCAAAGAAAGGUGGAGAUGCAGCUGUUCCCUGCUCCACCCUCUGGCCCUCAGGUGGUGUUGCAGCUCUUCCCUGCUCCACCCUCUGGCCUUCAGGUGGAGAUGCAGCUCUUCCCUGCUCCACCCUCAGGCCCUCAGGUGGUGUUGCAGCUCUUCCCUGCUCCACCCUCUGGCCCUCAGGUGGAGAUGCAGCUCUUCCCUGCUCCACCCUCUGGCCCUCAGGUGGUGUUGCAGCUCUUCCCUGCUCCACCCUCUGGCCCUCAGGUGGAGAUGCAGCUCUUCCCUGCUCCACCCUCUGGCCCUCAGGUGGUGUUGCAGCUCUUCCCUGCUCCACCCUCUGGCCCUCAGGUGGUGUUGCAGCUCUUCCCUGCUCCACCCUCUGGCCCUCAGGUGGAGAUGCAGCUCUUCCCUGCUCCACCUUUGGGCUCCAUGAUAUUUACUCCAGUGAGCUCACAGGUUCCUGUCCUGGUUGCUGCUCCACAGGCUCUGAAUGCCAGCCUCUCUCUGCUUUUCCUGCUCCUAGUCCUGCUCCUGCUCCAUACAGCCAAACACUGACCCGCAAAUACUACCCAACACGUGUGGAGGUGUGGGAGCUUUGGGACAGCGGACACUGGACACAGCCAGUGCAGGGAGUAGUGAACUACAUUGUGCCAAAGGAGCAAUGGUUGGAGGACAUAACAAAAUGUAUAUCCCCCCACCAGAGGCAUGGACACUGGACACUUAGUUCGGUGUAUAGUUUGAUAUUUAUUUAUAUAUAUGAUAUGUAUAUAUUUUAUUAAGUUUAUGAUAAUGUUUAUUUGAUGUUAAAACCCAUUUAGAGUGUUAUUUUGUUAUACUGCACCUUACUUACUUGUAUGGGUUGUUUUACAUUUUAUUAAGUUGAACUACUUUAAAAUAAAGGUUUGGUUCUAUCAAGUACGUGACUGUCCAAUAAUUGAGUGGAGUGCUAUGUUUAGAAUUUCUAUAGGUUUUCUCUUUGUUUGUUAAAAGAAAUACAUUAUAACACCAAUACCUUCUUAGUUCAUAUUAAAUGUAAUGGUUACAUUUAAGUAUUUGUCCACAGCACACAAACCAUGAGCAGGUCAAUAUUGGGUACUUCAAAACUAU